GGGCUCUCGAGGGGAGGGAGAGGCUGCCGCUGCCGCUGCCGCUGCCGCCGCCGCGACCGCCGGGCAGGACCGGGAGCGAGCGAGCAAAGGAGCGAAGAAGCGAGGGAGCGAAGAAGGCAAGGAGGAGGAGCGGCGGCUGGGAGGGAGGAGCCGCGUGAGCCGCGCCGCCGCGGAGCUGCGAUGUGGCCGGCCGGCCGGCGGGUAAACAGAGCGAGCAGCUGCGGCCGCGGCCGCCCGGGCCCGGGGCACUGAGGACGCCCGCCGAGACCUGCCCGCUGCCGCUGCCAUGGCCGAAGUGCGCAAAUUCACCAAGCGGCUCAGCAAGCCCGGCACAGCGGCUGAGCUUCGCCAGAGCGUGUCGGAGGCCGUGCGGGGCUCCGUGGUGCUGGAAAAGGCCAAAGUUGUUGAGCCCCUGGACUAUGAGAAUGUUAUCACCCAAAGAAAAACUCAGAUUUACAGUGACCCUCUCAGAGACCUGCUGAUGUUUCCAAUGGAAGAUAUAUCUAUCUCAGUGAUAAGUCGGCAACGCAGAACGGUACAGUCCACUGUACCAGAAGAUGCUGAAAAGAGGGCCCAGAGUUUAUUUGUCAAAGAGUGUAUUAAAUCGUAUAGCACCGAUUGGCAUGUGGUAAACUACAAGUAUGAAGACUUCUCUGGAGACUUUAGAAUGUUGCCAUGCAAAUCUCUGAGACCAGAGAAGAUUCCUAAUCAUGUAUUUGAGAUUGAUGAGGACUGCGAGAAAGAUGAGGACUCAUCUUCUUUAUGCUCUCAGAAGGGUGGCGUGAUCAAACAAGGCUGGCUGCAUAAAGCAAAUGUUAAUAGCACCAUCACGGUUACCAUGAAGGUUUUCAAGAGACGGUAUUUUUAUUUGACUCAACUUCCUGAUGGUUCAUAUAUUCUCAAUUCCUACAAAGAUGAGAAAAAUUCAAAAGAAUCUAAAGGUUGCAUCUACUUGGAUGCCUGCAUUGACGUUGUUCAGUGCCCCAAAAUGCGCCGUCAUGCUUUUGAACUCAAGAUGUUAGAUAAGUAUAGCCAUUAUCUGGCUGCUGAAACUGAGCAGGAAAUGGAGGAAUGGUUGAUAACUUUGAAAAAGAUUAUUCAGAUCAAUACCGACAGUUUAGUGCAAGAGAAAAAGGAGACAGUAGACACAGUACAAGAUGAUGAAACUAGCAGCCAAGGCAAAGCCGAGAACAUCAUGGCCAGUUUGGAAAGGAGCAUGCAUCCGGAGCUGAUGAAGUAUGGAAGAGAAACUGAACAGUUAAACAAACUGAGUAGAGGAGAUGGCAGACAGAAUCUCUUUUCUUUUGACUCAGAAGUUCAGAGGUUGGACUUUUCAGGAAUUGAACCUGAUAUAAAGCCAUUUGAAGAAAAAUGCAACAAGCGUUUCCUGGUAAAUUGCCAUGAUUUAACUUUCAAUAUCUUGGGUCAAAUUGGAGACAAUGCGAAAGGACCAUCCACCAAUGUUGAGCCCUUUUUUAUCAAUCUUGCCUUAUUUGAUGUAAAGAACAAUUGUAAGAUUUCUGCUGACUUUCACGUAGACCUGAAUCCCCCAUCUGUCCGUGAAAUGCUAUGGGGAUCUUCAGCUCCACUGGCUGGUGAUGGAAACCCAAAGGGCUCUUCUCCUGAGUCUUUCAUUCAUGGAAUCGCUGAGUCUCAGUUACGCUACAUAAAGCAGGGAAUUUUCUCAGUGACAAAUCCACAUCCUGAAAUUUUUCUAGUUGCGAGAAUCGAGAAGGUGUUGCAGGGGAACAUCACACACUGUGCGGAACCCUACAUCAAAAAUUCAGACCCAGUGAAGACGGCCCAGAAGGUGCACAGGACAGCUAAGCAAGUGUGUAGCCGCCUUGGACAAUACAGAAUGCCCUUUGCUUGGGCUGCCAGACCCGUUUUCAAAGAUAUUCAAGGCUCACUAGAUCUGGAUGGAAGAUUUUCUCCUUUGUAUAAACAAGACAGUAGCAAGCUUUCAAAUGAAGACAUUCUCAAGUUGCUCUCAGAAUACAAGAAGCCAGAAAAGACCAAAUUGCAGAUUAUUCCUGGGCAGCUAAACAUCACAGUAGAAUGUGUUCCUGUGGAUUUAUCAAAUUGCAUCACUUCUUCAUAUGUGCCCCUAAAGCCUUUCGAAAAGAACUGUCAAAAUAUUACAGUGGAGGUUGAAGAGUUUGUUCCAGAAAUGACAAAAUAUUGCUAUCCAUUUACUAUUUACAAAAACCAUCUGUAUGUAUAUCCCUUGCAAUUAAAAUACGAUAGCCAGAAGACAUUUGCCAAGGCAAGGAACAUUGCUGUCUGUGUGGAAUUCCGGGAUUCAGAUGAAAGUGAUGCUUGCGCGCUAAAGUGUAUUUAUGGAAAACCUGCGGGGUCCGUGUUUACCACCAAUGCCUAUGCCGUUGUCUCGCACCACAACCAAAACCCAGAAUUCUACGAUGAGAUGAAAAUUGAGCUUCCCAUUCACCUGCAUCAAAAACAUCAUUUGCUUUUCACGUUCUAUCAUGUAAGUUGUGAGAUCAACACGAAGGGAACAACCAAAAAGCAGGACACGGUUGAAACUCCAGUUGGUUUCGCCUGGGUGCCUUUGCUGAAGGAUGGUAGAAUGAUCACAUUUGAGCAGCAGCUGCCCGUUUCGGCUAAUCUUCCCCCAGGCUACUUGAAUGUGAAUGAUCCUGAAUCCAGAAGGCAAUCCAAUGUGGAUAUUAAGUGGGUAGAUGGUGCAAAGCCAUUGCUGAAGAUUAAAAGCCACUUAGAGUCUACCAUUUAUACUCAGGAUCUGCAUGUGCACAAAUUCUUCCAUCAUUGCCAGCUGAUUCAGUCAGGCUCAAAAGAAGUUCCAGGCGAACUAAUUAAAUAUUUAAAGUGUUUGCAUGCCAUGGAGAUUCAAGUCAUGAUACAGUUUCUUCCUGUAAUUCUUAUGCAACUCUUCCGAGUACUCACAAACAUGACCCAUGAAGACGAUGUUCCUGUCAACUGUACCAUGGUCCUCCUACAUAUCGUAUCAAAGUGCCAUGAAGAAGGCUUGGAUAGUUAUUUAAGAUCCUUCAUAAAGUAUAGUUUCCGGCCUGAAAAACCAAGUGCUCCUCAGUCCCAGCUGAUACAUGAAACCCUGGCUACUACCAUGAUAGCAAUACUGAAACAGUCUGCAGAUUUUUUAGCAAUAAACAAACUGCUAAAGUACUCAUGGUUUUUCUUUGAAAUAAUUGCAAAGUCAAUGGCUACAUACUUGUUGGAGGAGAAUAAAAUUAAGCUUCCUAGAGGCCAAAGGUUCCCAGAGGCAUUUCAUCAUGUUUUACAUUCAUUGCUGCUUGCAAUAAUCCCCCACGUGACCAUUCGCUAUGCGGAGAUCCCGGAUGAGUCCAGAAAUGUGAAUUAUAGUUUGGCUAGCUUUCUGAAGCGCUGUUUGACACUAAUGGAUAGAGGAUUUGUUUUCAAUCUUAUAAAUGACUACAUAUCUGGAUUCAGCCCCAAAGAUCCUAAGGUUCUGGCGGAAUACAAGUUUGAUUUUCUGCAAACAAUUUGCAAUCAUGAACAUUACAUUCCUCUGAACUUGCCAAUGGCAUUUGCGAAACCUAAACUGCAGAGAGUUCAAGAUUUUUUUUCAUUUGCGGUGGACCGUUUGACUUCAGUAGAUUCAAAUCUUGAAUACAGUUUAUCAGAUGAGUAUUGCAAGCAUCACUUCUUGGUUGGCCUACUUCUGAGGGAAACCUCCAUUGCUCUUCAAGACAAUUAUGAGAUCAGAUAUACAGCUAUCUCUGUCAUAAAGAAUCUGUUGAUAAAACAUGCAUUUGACACUAGAUACCAGCACAAGAACCAGCAAGCCAAAAUAGCACAAUUGUACCUUCCAUUUGUUGGACUGCUCUUGGAAAAUAUACAGCGAUUAGCAGGUCGAGACACCUUAUAUUCCUGUGCAGCCAUGCCUAAUUCUGCAUCCAGGGAUGAGUUUCCAUGUGGCUUCACUUCACCUACAAACAGAGGGAGCCUGAGUACUGAAAAAGACACUGCUUUUGGGUCUUUUCCAAAUGGACAUGGAAUUAAGAGGGAAGAUUCCAAAGGUUCCCUCAUCCCAGAAGGAGCAACAGGAUUUCCAGAUCAGGGCAACACUGGUGAAAAUACACGACAGAGUUCUACAAGGAGUAGUGUCUCCCAGUAUAACCGGCUGGAUCAGUAUGAAAUCAGAAGUCUCUUGAUGUGCUACCUGUAUAUAGUAAAAAUGAUAUCUGAAGAUACUCUCUUAACUUACUGGAAUAAAGUAUCUCCUCAAGAGCUCAUAAACAUUCUUGUACUUCUAGAAGUGUGUUUAUUUCACUUUAGAUACAUGGGAAAAAGAAACAUAGCAAGGGUGCAUGAUGCUUGGCUAUCAAAACACUUGGGAAUAGACCGUAAAUCACAAACUAUGCCAGCUCUUCGAAACAGAUCAGGACUAAUGCAAGCCCGGCUUCAACAUCUUAGUAGCCUGGAAAGUUCAUUUACACUGAAUCAUAGUUCUGCAACAACAGAAGCAGAUAUUUUCCACCAGGCACUUCUCGAAGGCAAUACUGCUACAGAAGUUUCCCUAACAGUACUAGAUACCAUAUCAUUUUUCACCCAAUGCUUCAAGAGUCAACUUUUAAAUAAUGAUGGCCACAACCCAUUAAUGAAAAAAGUAUUCGAUAUUCAUCUUGCAUUUCUUAAAAAUGGACAAUCUGAAGUGUCCCUGAAGCAUGUAUUUGCCUCGCUGCGAGCUUUUAUCAGUAAGUUUCCAUCAGCCUUCUUCAAAGGUAGAGUAAACAUGUGUGCUGCAUUUUGUUAUGAGGUUUUGAAGUGCUGCACCUCAAAAAUUAGCUCAACUAGGAAUGAAGCAUCUGCACUUUUGUAUCUUUUGAUGAGAAACAACUUUGAGUACACCAAAAGGAAAACCUUUCUGAGGACACAUCUGCAGAUAAUAAUUGCUGUAAGCCAGCUGAUAGCUGAUGUUGCACUAAGUGGAGGAUCAAGAUUUCAGGAGUCUUUAUUCAUUAUCAAUAAUUUUGCAAAUAGUGACAGACCUAUGAAGGCAACUGCCUUUCCCACAGAAGUCAAAGAUUUGACCAAGAGAAUCCGUACCGUUCUUAUGGCCACUGCCCAAAUGAAGGAGCAUGAGAAAGACCCUGAAAUGCUAAUUGAUCUCCAGUAUAGUCUAGCCAAGUCCUAUGCAAGCACUCCAGAGCUCAGAAAAACCUGGCUUGAUAGCAUGGCGAAGAUUCAUGUAAAAAAUGGAGAUUUUUCAGAGGCUGCAAUGUGUUAUGUCCAUGUAGCAGCUCUGGUUGCAGAGUUUCUUCAUCGAAAAAAAUUAUUCCCUAAUGGAUGUUCAGCCUUCAAGAAAAUUACUCCCAAUAUAGACGAAGAAGGAGCAAUGAAGGAAGAUGCUGGGAUGAUGGAUGUUCAUUAUAGUGAAGAAGUUUUGCUGGAGUUACUAGAACAAUGCGUGGAUGGCUUAUGGAAGGCAGAACGUUAUGAAGUAAUUUCUGAGAUUUCCAAGUUGAUCAUUCCCAUUUAUGAGAAACGUCGUGAGUUUGAGAAACUCACUCAAGUGUAUAGAACUCUUCAUGGAGCUUAUACAAAAAUCCUGGAGGUUAUGCAUACUAAGAAAAGACUUUUAGGCACUUUCUUCAGAGUUGCAUUUUAUGGCCAAGCUUUUUUUGAAGAAGAGGAUGGAAAGGAGUACAUCUAUAAAGAACCAAAGCUCACUGGCCUCUCAGAGAUUUCCUUGAGACUUGUUAAACUAUAUGGUGAAAAAUUUGGUACAGAGACUGUCAAAAUAAUUCAAGAUUCAGACAAGGUAAAUGCCAAAGAGCUUGAUCCAAAAUAUGCUCAUAUCCAAGUCACUUACGUGAAGCCCUACUUUGAUGACAAAGAACUCACAGAAAGAAAAACCGAGUUUGAAAGAAACCAUAAUAUUAACAGAUUUGUUUUUGAGGCUCCUUAUACUCUAUCAGGCAAAAAGCAAGGCUGUGUAGAAGAACAAUGUAAGCGCCGUACAAUCCUGACGACUUCGAACUCAUUUCCAUACGUGAAGAAGAGGAUUCCUAUAAACUGUGAACAGCAGAUUAAUUUAAAACCAAUUGAUGUUGCUACUGAUGAAAUAAAAGAUAAAACUGCAGAGCUACAAAAACUUUGCUCCUCUGCUGAUGUGGACAUGAUUCAGCUCCAACUUAAAUUGCAGGGCUGUGUUUCUGUACAGGUCAAUGCUGGUCCAUUAGCAUAUGCAAGGGCUUUCUUAAAUGACAAUCAAGCCAGCAAGUAUCCACCUAAAAAAGUGAAUGAGUUGAAAGACAUGUUUAGGAAAUUCAUCCAAGCAUGUAGCAUUGCACUUGAACUAAAUGAGCGGCUAAUUAAAGAGGAUCAAAUUGAAUACCACGAAGGACUAAAGUCAAAUUUCAGAGACAUGGUAAAAGAAUUGUCUGACAUCAUCCAUGAGCAGAUAUUACAGGAAGAUACAAUGCAUUCUCCCUGGAUGAGUAACACGUUACAUGUAUUUUGUGCAAUUAGUGGUACAUCAAGUGACAGAGGUUAUGGUUCCCCAAGAUUCACUGAAGUAUGAGAAAAAGCAGAUGUAAAUGACAAUGAGAUGGACCUUUCUCAGGAAUAUUUGGAGCUGUGCAAAUGUUAGAAUUUAAAGAUUUGAUAGACAUGAAGUGGUUCCUCCUGACACCAAAAUUUUCAUGCUUUCCAACAGGGUGCUUACUACUUGUAAAUAUUUAAGCAACUUGAAAGUGCCUGGAAAAUUGCACCACUGUGCUUGGUUUGUACUUUUUUUUAGGUAAAUCUAUAUGCUGAAAAGUAGAGCUCAAAAACAUUAAUUCAAUGUGCUUAAUUAUUGCUUAAAAUAAUAAUGGUACUAUGUAAAAUUGUAUAAUGGAACACAAUAAAAGGUAAAACUUAUUUGUAAUUAGAAGUAAAGGAAAUAAUAAUUUGAACUUUGCAAUUUUCUUGACAAGCAGCUCUAUCCAUUAUACUAAUCCUCAGAUAAGAAAAUUGAUUAAAAAAUUUCCAAAAAACAUGGAUAUUUCAAGUUGGGGGCGAUGACUUGAAUUCUUACUUUUAGUGGUCAAGGCUGGGCUAAAGAGGCCAAAAGCAUUACUGAACAAGAAAUUUUUUGGAGGAAAAGACAGAUAUACAUAAUACUAAGCCUAACACAAAAAAGUACCAAGCUUACUGUUCCUUUAGCAGGUAGGUUGAACUGGUCUCUUCCACAUAGAUGAAGAAUUUCUACCGAACACAGCAGGCGGCAUUUAUUGCCAGAGCAAGAAAUUGUCAGGGAUUCUUCAUAAAGCGAAAUGAACCUUUCUAAAAAUUUGCAGUCAGGACAUCCCAUGCAACAUCAAAUCUUUAGUGGCAGUAUGAGGUGGGAAUCUUGUAAAGAUGAUUUUCUUCAACUUUUAUUUAUCUUGUCACUUACAAGAUUAACAAGCACUCUGAUAAUUCUUGAUGGUUAUAGCAUGUCUUGGGGUACAUAUACAUUACCACCACAGAUUUAGUACCUUGUGACUUGGGAGUACAUUUUUCUAUGAAGAAAUCUUGCAUUUCCUAAAUGAUUCUGGAGAAACCAAGGUAUGAAGAACUUUAUUAAGCUGGUAUUACCCAUAUAAUUGUUGCUGCCUUCAAGUUCUUG